ACCUAACCGUUAACGCAGUCAAGGAACUGGAGCUACGGUAUAAUCUGAUGCCGGUACGUAUUGCAUAUGUAUGUGUACAUUUAUUUUCCUUUCUCUUUUGAAGUAUCUUAUCACUAGUUGUUAUAAAGCCCAGUUAUUUUAAUAUAAAUUUCCAUACUUAAUUUCGGAAAGAAAAUAAAAAAAAAGACAAAGGAAGAACAGUAGAUCAAUAUGACUGUAAUUAUGACUGCCAAACAAAUUCGACAAGCUUAUAUUGAAUUUUUUAAAAGCAAAAAUCAUGUGUAUGUACAUUCUAGUUCUACAAUACCACAUGAUGAUCCAACAUUAUUAUUUACAAAUGCUGGAAUGAACCAGUUUAAACCGAUAUUUCUAGGAACAGUAGAUCCUAAUAGUGAUAUGGCAAAAUUAGUAAGAGCUGUUAAUAGUCAAAAAUGUAUUAGAGCUGGAGGGAAACAUAAUGAUCUGGAUGAUGUUGGAAAAGAUGUUUAUCAUCAUACAUUUUUUGAAAUGAUGGGUAACUGGUCUUUUGGAGAUUACUUUAAAGAAGAAAUUUGCACUUGGGCUUGGGAAUUUUUAACUAUUAAAUUAAAGUUACCAACAGACCAAUUAUAUGUAACUUAUUUUGGAGGAGAUGAAAAAAAUAACUUAAAGCCUGAUGAAGAAUGUAAACUAAUUUGGAUUUCUUUAGGUCUACCUUCUAGUCACAUAUUACCAGGAAGUAUGAAAGAUAAUUUUUGGGAAAUGGGAGAAACAGGUCCAUGUGGACCAUGUAGUGAAAUCCAUUAUGAUCGUAUUGGCAAUAGGGAAGCUGGACAUUUAGUAAAUCAAGAUGAUCCAAAUGUUUUAGAAAUUUGGAAUCUUGUAUUUAUACAAUUUAAUAGAGAGAUUGAUGGGAACUUGAAACUAUUGCCAAAAAAACAUAUUGAUUGUGGUUUAGGCUUGGAAAGAUUAGUAUCAAUUAUACAGAAUAAACAUGCAAAUUAUGAUACAGAUUUAUUCAUACCACUCUUUGAUGCUAUACAAAAAGGCACAGGAGCCCCACCUUAUCAAGGAAGAGUAGGCAUAGAAGAUAAAGAUGGAAUAGAUAUGGCAUAUAGAGUUUUAGCUGAUCAUGCAAGAACUAUUACAAUUGCUCUUGCAGAUGGAGGUAUACCUGACAAUACUGGUAGAGGAUAUGUGUUAAGAAGAAUUUUGAGACGUGCUGUGCGUUAUGCAAUUGAAAAAUUGAAUGCAAAACCUGGGUUUUUUGGAUCAUUGGUGAACGUUGUCAUUGAGCUUUUUUGUGAUGUUUUCCCAGAAGUAAAAAAGGACCCACAGCAUAUAAUAGAUAUUAUUAAUGAAGAAGAAACUCAAUUUCUUAAGACUUUAACACGUGGUCGUAAUUUAUUAAACCGUACUAUAAUAAAAUUAGAAGCAAAUAUUCUCCCAGGUGAUGUUGCAUGGCGUUUGUAUGAUACAUAUGGUUUUCCAGUUGAUUUAACCCAACUUAUGGCUGAGGAGAAAGGAUUGAAAGUAGACAUGAUUGGUUAUGAAGAAGCAAAAAAACAAGCUCAGCUCAUUUCCCAAAGUAAAAGUGAUGGAGUAGAUGAUCAAAUUAACUUAGAUGUUCAUGCAAUUACUGAAUUACAAAAUGAGGGAAUUAAGCCUACAAACGAUUUACAAAAAUACAAUUAUAAAAUUACUAAUAAUAAAAUAUAUGAAGAGUAUGAAUUUGUUCCAUGUUCUGGUACUGUAAUUGCUCUUAGACAUGCAAAGACUUUUGUCGAUGAAGUAUCGUCCGGAGAAGAAGUUGGAAUUUUAUUGGAUCAAACUAAUUUUUAUGCAGAACAAGGUGGCCAAAUAUACGACGAAGGAUUUUUAGUGAAGAUUGAUGAUGAAGACACUGAAUUAUGCAUAAAAAAUGUUCAAGUCAGAGGUGGUUAUGUUUUGCACAUUGGAACUGUAGGUCAAGGAAAAUUAAAAAAGGGAGAUAAAGUUUCUUUAAAUAUAGAUACUACACGAAGGAGACUUUUAAUGAGCAAUCAUACUGCAACUCACGCUCUUAAUUAUGCGCUCCGUAAAGUGUUAGGUACAGAAGUCGAUCAAAAAGGUUCUUUAGUUGCACCAGAUCGUCUUCGUUUUGAUUUUACAAAUAAAGGAGCUAUGACUAUGGAACAAAUAAGAAAAGUAGAAGAAAUUACAUGUGAUAUGAUUAAAAAAAAUGAAAAGGUGUAUGCUAAAGAAAGCAAUUUAGCACUAGCAAAAACUAUUCAAGGUUUACGUGCUAUGUUCGAGGAAACAUAUCCAGAUCCUGUAAGAAUUGUUAGUAUAGGUAUACCAGUUGAAGAUUUAGAAAAAGAUCCUUUAGGUCCUGGUGCAUUACAAACUAGUGUAGAAUUUUGUGGUGGAACGCAUUUACAUUAUACAGGACAUAUUGAAAAUUUUGUUAUAGCAAGUGAAGAGGCUAUUGCUAAAGGUAUUAGGCGCAUAGUAGCUUUGACUGGUCCUGAAGCAACAAAAGCUCUAAAGAAAGCAGCUGUAUUACAAAAUAAUUUAGAUCAACUUCAAACAACUAUACUAAGUAACAAAACUGGUGUGAAUACAAAAGAACAAGUAAAAAAAAUAGUCGAAUUAACAGAUGAUAUUUCACAUGCCAUUAUUUCAAGUUGGAAAAAGGAUAAAAUGCGUAAAGUGUUAAAAGAUUUAAAAAAAGCACUCGAUGAUAAAGAACGUGUAACUAAAACUGCAAUAUCUAAUGCAGUAGUAGACACUAUCCAACAAAUAAUUCAACAAAAUGUUGGGUGUCCAAUAUUGGUUGAAGUACUACAAGCAUAUAGUAAUACAAAAGCUUUAGAUUCUGCUCUCAAAAAAAUAAAGACAAUAUCACCAGAAACAAGUGCAUUACUUAUAAGUGUAGAUCCUGAAGCUAACAAAAUUUUUGCACUUAGUUCAGUAUCUAAGUCUGCUAUGAGUAAAGGAUUGAAAGCAAACGAGUGGAUUCAAGAAAUUGCUCCGCUUAUGGAAGGGAAAGGUGGUGGAAAACCUGAAUCUGCUCAAGCUUCAGGUACUAAUACAUCGUGCGUAACUAAAUUGCUAUACAAUGCUAAAAAUUUUGCAAAUUCAAAGCUUGGAGUAACAGAAGAUAAUAUAACUGAAAAUCACAAUGAAUUGAGAAAUGAUAAAAAAUUUGUAUGUUCAAAAAUUUUAAAAAACAAAUUAAUACUCUCAGGUAAUAUUGGAAGUAUUAUGUGCUAUCGAACUCAAAUAGUAGCUAAAUAUAGUAAUACUGAAUUGAUUAUAUCACAAUAUAAAGAUGAUGAUGUUAAGAUCAAACUAGAAGGAAAUGAUUUUAAAUUAUUUGAUAGUAAUGCAAUUAUGUUGUAUUUAUCAAAUGACGAGUUAAAAUGUUCAAAUAAUCUUCUUGCAUUCAGUGAAGUUUUACAAUGGUUAAGUUAUGCAGAUCAUCACAUUUUUCCUGCAGUAAUUGGAUGGGUUGCGCCAUGUCUUUCAAAAAAUGUACCAGAUAAUAUGAAAACAAAUAUUAAAGCAUCUAAAGAAGAUGUUCUUUCUUCUCUAAGAAAAUUAAAUGAUAUACUGUUAACAAAAACUUAUUUUGUUGGAGAAAGAAUUAGUCUUGCAGAUAUUGCUGUUUUCACUUCCUUAAUGCCAUUAUAUGAACAUGUAUUAGAUCCAAUAUAUAGAAAACAAUAUACAAAUUUAAAUAGAUGGUUUUUUACAAUCUUAAAUCAGUCACAAGUAGUUAGUGUGAUAAAAGAUUUUAAGGUAUGUGAAGAAGCUUUAAUUAAAUAA